CUGUGUAAACCAUGGUGUAAACUGCUACGGACGCUGUCACAGUUUCCUUAGCUUCUCUCUCACGUGCCGAAAGUGACGGCACACGCCCAGAAACAACCGAAAUGCCUGUGUAUACGAAGGAAUACAUACAGGAGAAACUGCAAAAAGAGCUUGAAGCCACUUACGUGGAUAUCGAAGAUAUUUCGGACGGAUGCGGCGCCAAGUUCAACGCUGUCAUUGUUUCGCCAAAGUUCGAGGGGAAGGCCCUCUUAGAAAGACACAGAAUGGUCAACACUGUCCUCAGUGAAGAGUUGAAAGUCAUUCAUGCCUUCUCACAGAAGACCAUGGCACCUGCACAGUGGGAAGAGAAAUGUAAAGGAGAAAAAUCUAAGGGAUAACUAUUAAUAAUGGCAUAAUUAGAUGUGACUUUUCUGCAUGCGUGUGUAUGUACAUUCUUGCGUUGCAAUUGCUACAACUUCCAACAUGUUUAAUAAAGCAGCAAAUUUCUAUUCUCUGA